AUGCGUUGUUGUCCUUGCAGCCUACCCGAACGAGAAGCUUCCGCUGCUGGAGGUGGACGGGCAGAAGCUGAACCAGUCGACGGCCAUCGGGCGCCUGCUGGCCAAGAAGAAUUUGUUGCAGCUGCAAUGCAUCAAGAUCCUGCAACAAAAGCCAAUCUUCUAGAGAAGUUCGGCAAGGAGGCUGUGCCCUUAUUCUUCAGUCGUUUGGAAAAACAAGUGAAAGAAAACAACGGAUAUUUUGUGAAUGGGAAGCUUAGCUGGGCUGAUCUUUAUCUUGCUGCCUACAGUAAGACAUACGACUUUUUUUUCCCAAACAUCUUUGAGCCAUAUCCAGCAUUGCAGGGUGUCAUUGAUAAAGUGCACGCUGAACCCAACAUCAAAAUCUGGGUGGAGAAGCGUCCCGAAAGUGACUUCUGAAGUCUCAGAAUAUUGAACCUUUUGUUGCAAUAUAAAGGCCAUAAUGAUUAUAUCUACAAUGAAUUUUCAAUCAUACAUUAUAUUGUUCUUAGAAAAAUAAUUUGAGAUUUGUCAAGUAUUAUAUUUUUAAAAUGCCAAGCAGUAAAUUUGUUUGUUUUCCAUUUAUUAGGUAGUACAAUAUUUCAGUGUGAACUAACAUUGAACAUUCACUUCUUGUAAGUUACUUUAGUUUCCUCUGUUCUGCCUAGAUGUAGAUUCAUUUAAUUACAUUAUAAUCCAUGUAUGUAGAGCAUUUUUUAAAAUAAAAUGAAAAAAAAAGAAUAAAAAUUGUAUUUGAUUUUAUGAAAAUAAACUAUUUUCAAAAUUA